CGGGCGUGUUGCUGAGCCGGAAAAUGCGCGCGUAAAACCGUGAUAGAUGUGUGAGAAAAUUGUGGCCCGCAACGGGAAAAUUGGCAGAGCAAACAAGCGAGUGUGUAGCGUGCCAUGUGCUUGUGUUUGUGGAGUGCGUGAAUGAAGUGCCACGGAAUCGUAGCGGAAAUAGUUUGCUGGCCCAUCGACUGGCCAGCCAGUGCGGGUGCGCUGUGCUGUUGCGGUCGUCGAUGAUGCGGCUGGCUCUGGCGGUGCCAGGAGCACAGUUCCCGGGUCAUAAUUGUCGGUUGAAUGACUCUCGAUGCGAUAGCAAUAACAACAAAAUCAGCUGCUGCUCCGGCAACCAUAAUAUUCAUCAAUAUCGUUCCAUUUGACGGAGUGGAGAAAUAGCAACAGCAACAGCAACAACGAACAAAUUGCCAACAGCACCACCGCUAAAAUUUCGGACAUUGCGUCAUGUUAGCAAGGGCACAGCGAACCGAAAACACAACACUUCAACAGCAACAACAACAACUACAACAACGGAAACAACAAAAACUAACUUCAACAACAUUAAAUAAAAAGAGAAAAACUCAAAAGAUAAGGAGACGAUCAUCUUCAUCAGGAUUAGCUGGGGGAAAAGAUGGUUCUCAGCACCGAAUGGUCGCAGGUCGAGGUUAUCGAUCUGAUCAACGAUGGCAACGGUCUGGGCUUCAUCCUUGUGGGCGGACGGAGUACCGGGGUGGUCAUCAAAGCCCUGACGCCGGGGGGCGUGGCCGAACGAGAUGGGCGACUUCAGCUGGGCGAUCAUCUAUUGCAGAUUGGCGAAGUCAAUCUGCGGGGCUUCAGCUCGGAGCAGGUGGCAACAGUUCUUCGUCAGACCGGAGCUCAGGUGCGUCUGAUAGUGGCGCGGCCGGUGGAGCCGACGGCCAUCGAUUACCAAACGCUGGCCUGUCAGGCGCCGAUUAUACCAACUAAGCUCCUCUCCGACCCGGAAGAACUGUCGCGUCAUCUCUUCCAGAAUCCGAGUUUUGCAACAGCCGCCGCGGCCGCGGCUGCCGCAGCAGCAGCAGCGGCUGCAGCAGCAGACUCCAGCAGCGGAUGUGGCGUCUUGGAUGUUGCCAGUUUGGUUGGUCUGGUACGCGGCGGUCCCGCUGAGGGCUCGGAACUGUCCGCCGUGGAACCACUACCACCGCAGGUGGCUCAGUUACAGAUGACCGAACUGGGCGAUCUGGCGGACUUUCCACUGCCUCCGAUCCCGGGUGGCGGCAACUCGCUGCUUACGGAUUCCAACGCUGGCCAAAGACCUUGUCCGCGACUGGAUCUGGAUAUAGUGCCCUUCUCGAUACUAUCGCCACCGCCACGCCCCGCCCUACAGAUGCUGCCCCUGGAGACCCAAUGGCGAUCCGUUCAGGAUCAGAACCAGCACAUAGAGACUGUGAUAGCCGACAGCAAACGAAAGCUGUUGGCCAAUGAAGAUGGCGGCGGCGGUGAUUCCGCUUCCGGUUCGGGUUCCGGCUCCCCCGACUCCUAUAUGGACUCCCCGGAAACGGAAACAUACGUGGUGGAGCUGCAUAAAAAUGUUUACGGCCUGGGCAUCACAGUGGCCGGCUAUGUCUGCGAGGAAGAGGAUCUCUCGGGUAUUUUCGUGAAGAGCAUCAUCGAAGGUAGUGCCGCGGAGACAAGUGGUCAGAUUCAAAUUAACGAUCGCAUUGUGGCCGUAGAUGGCAGAUCCCUUUCCGGGGUGACCAAUCAUCAGGCGGUGGAACUGUUGAGAAACACAGACAUCGUGGUUCAUCUAACCCUGGAAAGAUUCCUAAGAGGUAGGAAGUACGAGCAUUUACAAGUGGCCCUCACGGAAAUCAAGGGAAGUUCCGCACCCUCUGGCUUGGAUAGAAAUCAGGAGAAAGACCAAGACCAGGAGUCGCAACUAUCUAUGCCUGGGUCACCCUCGAUAGCUACAUUGAGUUGGUUGCCACCGAAAUCAUUGGAUGCCGAUUCCAUAGCCACCGACGGCGAUGAAGCCGUUGAGGCAGAGGAUGUGGGCAUUUCGGGUGCCGAUGAUGAGUGCAUUGAGCUGCCAUCCCGAGACACCGUAGAGUCGAACAUGUCGCACGUGCUGGACCGCAGUGAUCACAGUGGUGGAGUCACAAAACCCAAUAUCAGUCUAAUAGCUCCGCUAACGAAUGGCCGGAGCCUAAUCCUGGCCGAUGACAGUGGCAAUGACACCGAUGAGCAGUGUCCUGAGCCGGAACAGGAAACGGCAAUGGUCCGAAAAGGUUCAAAGCCAGAGACGGAGAGAUUUAAAGAACUUGAGGAUCUGGAAACUGAUACUGAUCCCGAUCCCGGACAGUUGCCAACGCCCACGAAUGAGGCACCUGUGAAAGCGGCCAGCCCGACGGCCGCCUCGCUGCGAGUGGCAUGGAAAAGUGAGUUUCCCGACAGUGAAAUUUUAGUUGCCGAAAUAAAUAAACUUUCAGGUCUAGGGAUCAGCCUCGAAGGCACCGUGGACGUGGAGUGCGGCAUUGAGAAGCGUCCGCAUCAUUAUAUUCGCUCCAUACUGGCCGACGGGCCAGUGGGUCGCCAGGGCAUCCUGCGGCCGGGAGAUGAGCUCCUCCAGGUGAACGAACACAAGCUCCAGGGAUUGCGGCAUAUCGAGGUGGUCAAGAUCCUCAAGGAAUUGCCCGCCAGGGUUAAGUUAGUCUGUGCCCGUGGCACUCGCGUUCCAUCGGUUAUAAAUACCUCGCAAAACCCGGAGGCCUUUGAAACUCGUAGCCUUUUGCCCGGUGGCCACCAGAGUCUCCAGAACCUGCUGAGCAAGGCCCAGUCGGAGAGCUCACUGUACACGUCCAGCACGGCGACUUUAACAGAUGCAGCUGGAGCAGCUGGCGGAUCGGGAGGGAAUGCAGCUGGAGGAGCUCGCUCCAAGUCACUGGAGAAUGUCUCCGGUUUGGCUCUGUGGAGUUGCGAAGUGACCGCUGUGGAUAUUGAGAAAACGGAACAGGGUUUCGGCUUCUCCAUACUGGACUACCAGGAUCCACUGGACUCGGAAGGCAGUGUAAUCGUGAUUCGCGGCCUGAUACGCGGUGGUGCUGCGGAGGCAACCAAUGAGAUAUAUCCGGGUGAUCGCCUAAUGAGCGUCGGUGAUCGCCUGCUUCAGGGUCUCGAGUUGGACGAGGCGGUGUCCAUAUUAAAGGCCAUGCCGCCGGGACUCACACGACUGGGUAUCUGCCGACCAUUGUCCGCCUCGGACAGCAACAGUAAUAGCAAUAUAGCCUCGCCGCUUGGCGAUUCGGCCAGCACAUAGUGUCAGCCCAUCCCCGACGGCCAUCAGGAGUCGGAGAUAGAACUGGAAUCGGAAACGGCAGCGGAAGCGGAAACGGAACAGGAACUGGAACAGUUCGCAUUGUAUUUUUUGACCCUAAUAUCGGCCUUGUGAAAUCAUCAAACCAUCGACCAGCAGCUACAAAAAUUGGAAAUCCAAAAGGCAACAACAAACUAGUAGAGUCUGCAAUCGGCGGCAUAAAUAUCAGCGAAUAUGGACAUAAUAGAACGCUUUGUACAAAGUUUAUAACCAAAUCCGCACAUUGCCAGAAUCGAUUAACUAGGUAUCAAAUUUGAUAGCCCAAGCCAUAACACCAACAGCCAACAACUGAACACCAACAAAAAUGCAUAAAUAAAUAAUUUGAAUGGCACGCAACGGAUUUUAAAAAUAUCACAAAUUGUUGUAUCAAUAAAUUAUUAAUAACAAUUUCUGCGGACAAGCUCUAAAAACCAGAAUAGAAAAAAAAAACCAAAAAAUUUGACAUCAAAAACAAGUUGAACUCCAACCGAAAAAAAAAACACGAAAUUCCGAGGAAAAGUGGAAUUUAUUCAUACACAGAAAAUAUUGCAAAACAUUUUUCCAGUUUAGUAUGCAUAUGUCGAGGCCAUGAUGGCAAUAAUGAUAGCACCCCCGUUAGUCCAACCCUCCCCUACAUAUCCAACCGAAAUACCAAAAAAAAACAAACCCACUAGAAAGUCCGCUGUAAAUAUUCCAGAGAUUAUUUUUAUUGUCCUUUUCAACUUUACGUAGCAUAAAUUUACAAUUUCUAGCUUGUAAAUCAUUUAUAUACAUACGUACAUACUUAAAUAGAGGUAAGGCUAGGGCUAUGGGGGCGUGGCUGAUUGCUUUUCUUAUAAGAGUAGAUAAAACACAAACACUCACACUCUCACACACACACACAGCCUCGAGAAUUCCGGGGACAUUUUUCAAAUUGUAUAGGAAAUGAGAGUUGCAAUAUUGCAUAGAUUCUUGAGAUUAGUUGGGCGUAUAUACGAUAACAUAUAUACCUAUUUAUAGAUACUACAAAUUCUAUGCCUAUGAAUAUAAUUAAUAUAUAUAUAUAUAUAUAUAUAUAUUUACAAUUGACGACCAAGCAAAAGUAAAACUUUAACUUUAGUAACAAGUCAAACACACAAAUCGAACAAUUGAAUGAAAAACACACACAAAAUACUGAACUAAAGUAGAUCGAAGGAAGAACAUAAGACAUUGGUAAGAUGUUGGAAAGUGGUGAGAAGGACUACAGUGAGGACUCUGAAUAAGAGCCAAUCAUACUUUUCACCUCUUGCUGCAUAGGAAAUAUAUAAACAUAAAACAAAAGCUUGUUAGUGAUACUAAUUUUAAACGGACAAAAGAACAAAGCAAAUGAUUAAUGAACCAAUAAAAAGCAAACCACGUUUGAUAAAUCUUAGCGAAUCUUUAAAAUGUUUACAUUGUUACUAUAUUUCUGUUGAACGAAUUAGUUUAUUGUUAAACUGAAUCCGAUUUCAUCUGUAUAUACAGUCCUUGAUUACAUCAAUAAAAGGCUUUAGCUAUCUUGGAAUCAAGGAUGUAGAGUAAGAUAUCAAUACAUGCAGUGCGUUUCAAAAAUAUAAUAUUUUAAUAAUAUUUUUAUGUAUUCUUUUUAUGUACCAAAAUUCUUAUUUAUUAUUUAUGGAAAAAAGAAUAUCAUUGAAUUUGUUUAUUUUCUUUAAAAAUUUAUCAAUAUUAAGAAACACCCCAAAGGGUCAAAGUAAAAAUUUUGGUUUGAAUUUUAUUUUUUAAUUUCGUCUUGUUGUCAUGAAACGCACUGUCCAUACGUAUACCAAUUAACACAAAGACAUAGAGACAUUAUAACUCAUGCACUUUUGCUUAUGGAAACGACUAUAUUUUGCCGAUGAGAUGGGAAAAAGUUCCAUGCAAAUCUAAUAAACAAAAAUAUUCAGAUACACUAUCUAUCUAUCUAUAUACAUACGAAACACACACUCUCACACCGAAAGUCACCACAUACACGUAUAUAAGUACACGCACAUCAAUGCAAAAUGGCAUAAUAUCGGAAACAAUUUACCAAUUAACAUUAAAAAUUAAAGGCAUAAAAAGCAAAACUGUCUGAGCAAAAACCAACUAAGCGCUAAAGCAAACGACUAAGGCAAAAAACAAACACUCACACACAGACGACACACACUCAAUGUAAGAACAUAUAACAAUGAAGCAGAAACCGAAACAGAAUCGAAUUGAAAGGCAACGCAGAUUAAAAUUGAUAUGAAUAUGCAAAUUUUGGCGAAAAAAACAUAGGCUACAUUAGACACAAGAGUAUGUAAAUUGACGAAACGUUCAAUAAACGAAAAACCGAAAAAUAUAACAAAAGUAUUAAUACACGUACAAAGAUC